AAGCAAAUACCGAGAAAAUUUACAUUUCUCUGCGUUUCUUCAUCCGGUCAUCCCUUUACUGUAUCCAUCCCCAAUUUAUCAAAUCACACCCUCCUUCCAAAACCCUAUUAUUAUUUCUCCCUCAUUUUUCUACAAUUCCACCCUACAUCGAUCGGAUCAUCAAUCCGCAUGAUCACUACUUGAAAUUUCUCAGUUGACAGCUUCUCAAAGUAAAGAUGGUGAAGCUGACGAUGAUUGCUCGUGUCACUGAUGGCCUUCCGCUAGCUGAGGGACUGGAUGAUGGUCGUGAUAUGCAGGAUGCAGAGUUCUACAAACAGCAAGUCAAGGCUUUGUUCAAGAACCUUUCAAGGGGACAAAAUGAAGCCUCGAGGAUGUCUGUUGAAACUGGUCCUUAUAUUUUUCACUAUAUCAUUGAAGGGCGGGUGUGUUAUUUGACAAUGUGUGAUCGUGCUUAUCCAAAGAAACUGGCGUUUCAAUACCUUGAAGAUCUUAAGAAUGAAUUCGAGCGUGGUUAUGGGAAUCAAAUAGAAACUGCUGCAAGACCGUAUGCUUUCAUAAAAUUUGAUACAUUUAUACAGAGGACUAAGAAAUUGUACCAGGAUACAAGAACUCAGCGGAACAUUGCUAAGUUGAAUGAUGAGCUCUAUGAAGUUCACCAAAUAAUGACUCGUAAUGUACAGGAAGUCCUCGGUGUUGGUGAAAAGUUGGACCAGGUCAGUCAAAUGUCAAGCCGCUUAACUUCAGAUACCCGCAUAUAUGCUGAUAAAGCAAGAGAUCUAAAUCGACAGGCUUUGAUCAAGAAGUGGGCUCCUGUUGCAAUUGUUCUUGGAGUUGUUAUCCUACUGUUCUGGGCCAGAAAGAAGAUAUGGUGAUCAUGUGGCUUCGUUUGUUCCAUUUUUCUCAGUUCUGGGGGUUUAAGUUAAUUCUCCUUGCAUUAUCCUCCAUUUUCACCUUGAACUGGAAAGUUUUGUUUUUUAUGUGCCUUAAACAUGUAGACGAGUUCAAUGCCAGCAUUCACAAACCUCACUUUUGUCACAUGAAUUUGGUGUAAUGUUACUGAUUACUCUUUCAGAUUUGGAGGCAUAUGAUAACCUAGCAACCAGGCACCUUUCUUUCUUUA